AUGAACACCUUAUUCUCCUCUUUGAGUGCUACAAGAACUUCCAUAGCUCGAAUCGCAAAUCCUGCUUUUAAGACGACAUCCCAAUCACGAGCAUUGUUAUCGAGUAGAAAUAUGUCAUCUCUUGGUGGGAAACAGGCAAUCCGAAUACCUGGUCCUGUCGAGACCUCCAUCCAACAAAAGAUUAUAGAAGCAUUUGAACCUGUUUUGCUUCGAGUUUACAAUGAUUCAAGUAAACAUUCUCAUCAUUCCGCUAUGAGAGCUCAAGGAGGUGGAAAUGGUGAGACACAUUUUGCAAUUCACUUGGUAUCUCCUACGUUCAAUGGUAAAACAUCAAUAGCUAGACAUCGAAUGGUCAAUUCAUUGUUGAAGGAUGAAUUCGAUAAUCAAGGUCUACAUGCUUUGAGUUUGAGGCUGAAAACGCCUGAAGAAUGGGAAAAGGAAGGUGGUGGUGAGAUGAGGUAG